CCUUCUUCACCCAGAUGCCAUUUUGGCAGGCCUUGCAUGGUUGCUGUUUUUGCCUCGUGGAAAAAUAUGAAUUCAAGCUAAAGGUUUGAUUGUUGUUUUUUUGCGGGACGACACAUACCAUUUGUUAAAGUUAGAAGACGUGCUUUUUUUGCUUAAAACUGAGGAUUUUGUUAGUUCGUGUUUGUUACCGGGGAGUCUUUAGCAGUCCAAGGAGCACAUUGGAGCUGUUGUCCUAAGUUGACGACACUGCUCAACAUCCCAGCGAACAAAGAAACCGUAAAAUUUUAUUUACGCCCGGUAAGAAUUAAUAUUGCUGUUUGGUACGGAAAUUGAGUCAAAACCAACAGUGUAAUUUUUGAACGAUACUUUUAGUUUGAAUUUCUUUUCUAAAAAUCGCAACAUCGACUAAGUGUGAGCUAUCUGCGGUUCUUGAUUUAACCCGAAAGAGAAGUUGUAUUUUUUUGCAAGAGGAUGGCGGAAGUGUAUAUUCGAGUUGCAGAGGAGGAAAAUGAAGAGCCCAUGGAGAUCCCGUCUGAGGAUGACGGAACAGUUUUGCUCUCAACAGUAGCGGCUCAGUUUCCUGGCGCGUGCGGCCUGCGCUUCAGGAGUCCCGUAUCUCAGUGCAUGCGCGGAGUUCGUCUCGUGGAAGGGAUCCUGCACGCGCCAGAGAACGGAUGGGGUAACAUCGUCUUUGUGGUGAACUAUCCAAAAGACAACAAAAGGAAAAUGGAUGAAAUUGAUGCCUCAUCUGCUGUGAAGAUGAAACGGGGGGAUAUGAAGACAUCUGACUUGAUUGUUUUGGGUCUUCCUUGGAAAACAUCUGAGCAGGACCUGAAAGACUACUUCAGCACGUUUGGAGAAGUCAUUAUGGUUCAGGUUAAGCGAGAUGCUAAAACUGGGAACUCUAAAGGAUUUGGCUUUGUGAGGUUCACCGAGUAUGAAUCUCAAGAAAAAGUGAUCUCCCAGCGUCAUAUGAUUGACGGACGGUGGUGUGACUGCAAGCUUCCUAACUCGAAGGUGAAUAUGCAGGGCCCCGACGAGCCACUCAGAAGCAGAAAAGUGUUUGUAGGACGUUGCACAGAAGACAUGACCACAGAUGACCUGAGACAGUUCUUUAUGCAGUAUGGAGAAGUCACAGACGUCUUCAUCCCUAAGCCAUUCCGUGCUUUUGCUUUUGUCACCUUUGGCGAUGAUCAGGUUGCCCAGUCUCUCUGUGGAGAAGACCUUAUUAUCAAAGGAGUCAGUGUUCACAUCUCAAACGCUGAGCCCAAACAUGGAAAUAGGCAGUAUGAUCGUACAACACGGUUUGGAAAUGGUUUUGGAGCUCAAGCGUUUAGUGGCAGCCGCAGCGGGUUAGGGAGCAGCUCUAACAGUAGCCUGGCUAAUUUUGGUUCCUUCAGUCUGAACCCUGCCAUGAUGGCUGCUGCUCAGGCUGCUCUUCAGAGUAGUUGGGGGAUGAUGGGUAUGCUGGCAAACCAGCAACAGACCUCCACCUCAGGCACCACCUCUAGCGGUACAAGUUCUAGUAGGGACCAGGGUCAGUCUUUCAGUACAGGCAACAGUAACUACGGAACCAGCUCAGCCAGUCUUGGCUGGGGUACGGGGUCAAACUCUACAACUGGUACUAGUGGCUUUAGCUCAGGGUUUGGGUCCAGCAUGGAGUCAAAGUCAUCUGGGUGGGGUAUGUAAGUUAAGUGUUUCUAUGGUAAGUAAUGUGAGAAAGAUAAGUUUUUAAAAGUUUAUUUCUGAUGUUAACGUGUGUCUGACAACACUUUUGUGGAAGAUGUUUUGUACAUUUGGAAAAAAGCUAAAGAUUUGGUUUAGGAAGUGAAUUGUUUACCAGGCUCUCUGACUAAAAGUGCUAUUUUUGCUGUUUGUAUCCAUUUCAACUGGAUUCUCUAAUGCAUGUAUUGUGAAAUUUGAUGCCCAUUUUUUGAAAAUGCAUGAAUUUUAGCGGUUCACCAUUAUCUGGCUUUUGUCAUCAACUUUCAAAGGCAAUCUUGCAUUGGAAAGAAUCUGGUUGAAACCUAAAUGUUUUAAGUGCAACUUAAUUUGCAGUCAAGUUCUGUGGAAAGGCCUUCAUUGAAAUCUCUUCUGCAGUUCACCCCUCUUCCAUUUCCCUGCGAGGAAUCUCCUCUUUGGCAGCGUUCUUGGGGUGAUCUCGGUAUCAUUCUCCCUCUUCCCACGUGUUAAUGCUAUGCCAUCAAAGAACGGCUUCACUCCGCAUGUUCUGACAGACGGUGGGUGUUUUCACUUUUAUCCACUUUUAAAUGGAAAGAACUGCGCAACUGACAUUUUAAGAACUGAUGAGUGCGAUUGAGGAUGGCUUGUGAAGAAGAGUGAAGCGAUGAGUGAGCGAACGAACGGAGAGACGCGUGAAACGGACUGGUUGUGCGAUGAAAGAGCCCAAAUUUGACUGCUUUCUGAGUGUGUGAGUGGAAGCUGCAGAUACUACAAGCACCUCACCUAACAUGGACUUUCCUUAAUUAGUACUUCAAGACUUUUCUUUGUUAGUCUUUGCAAGCUUUUCCUUACUAUUGAGUAUGUCAAGUGCAGAAAUAAUGUAGUGGAAUGUUGUGCUGAAUAUUUGUAUUGCUUAUAUUAUCUGAUUUGAAUGGUGUGUGCUUUCAUGUCCUUGAACUGAUCUGUAAGUGUGUACUUGAUGUGGAUGACAUCUGCUGAAGACUCUGGGGAACGUGAGUGAUGUGAGAACGUGGAGUGGUGUGUCCAAUGGUUCCCAGUAGAUUUUGUAGUUUGUGGGGUGUUUAAAAACAUGUCAAAUGAAGGGAGUUCUCUAAUAAAGUUCAUUUGAAUAGUUA